GUUUCCAGUUAUUUUUGUUUUUUAUUUCUCUGUAUUACCAAUAUCAUAACUAUUUCAUUAGUUCAUACUAUUCUGUGCUAGAAUCUUCUUUUAUGCUUCUAACCCUGGUUAAUAGGCUAAUCGCUGCAGAUUUAUUGGCGUGAAGGGGGCGUGGUCAAGCAGGCAGACUGUCCUGUCAGUCCGCACUCAGGGCACACACCGCCCUCUACUGCGGUCCGUUGCUUUAAAGCUGAUCCAGAGUCAGCCGCAGGUUAAUCUCCGCUGGAAGCUCCCGCAGCCGAACAGGAGUGCAGUUAUUCAGACACAGAGUGCAGGCAGGAGCCGGUGAAGCGCCCGGAGCUCUCAGCGCGGACUGUGCCAUGUCUCUGUGACCUCGGGAUUUUUGAAGCCGCACCUGCAGGCUGCUGCAGGCCACAGCUGGUCCUGGAUCAGUGCUCUUCAUGGGAACCAUCGUCAGCCUGCCAUCCUCCUGAGAGCCUCGCAGGAUAUUUCUGGAUGUUUCCAUGCCUGCGCUGCUCCACUCCACCUCUGACUGUGUUCAGCUUGGUGGUUGGAGGGAUGUGUCCAUGGUGAGCGGGUCUUAACUGUGCUGUACUGUGCACCAUAACUGACUCCAGGGUCAGUGGACGUGUUGUCAUGAGGAUCUGUGUGUGAUGUCAACAGCAGGUACAAAUGGAGUGGAAACACGCAUUAUGAUGAUAUCACUUAUAAACUUUUCCCAUGAACUCUGAGAUCAAAGUGAAAAACUUCUGUCCCAUCUUCUGGGCGUCUCCCUGGAGCUCUCCCUGUUUGGCUGUGUUGUGGUUGCUGUGACGACAGUGUGAUGUAACCGUACCUGCCAGGUGUUGCUACAGGAUUAUGGCUUUGAAAUGGGAAACUGGGGGCAGCUGGGAGUCGGGUUUCGGACUGAGCCGGCGGUCUGAUUUUUAGCAGAACAAAGAGGAGGCAAGGGCGUCGGCGCACCUGUUUCACCUGAGACUCACCUGUCUCACCUAACACCAGGUGUCACACGCUGUCGUAAGGAGCAGAGACAGGAAGUAAAGGAGCUCAGGACCUCCUGAGGGACUGACUCUUCAUUUACUGAAGCACACCACGGCCCGCCUGCCCCAUCCUCCACACGGAGGGCAGCAUGGACCAAUCAGAGAUGAGACUGGACUCAGAAACAGGAAGUUGAAUCUGAAAGUUGAGACUUUGAUCUGUUGGGGGCGCUGCGAUGUACAAAGCUCGGUGAGAAGAAUCCGAGGACAUUUGCUGUGCUCUGCUCGAGGAUCCAACAACAGAAGAAGAAAACACAACAACACGCUCACGUGUGUUAGGUACUUGAUCAGAGUCGGUGAUAUCAUCAGGUAUUAAAGUCCUGCCUGGAGACUGGUGUUUAGUUUCUAUGACACUACUGAAUCGUUGAAGAGGAGUCGUGGGGACACGUUUGGUUUAUGAAGCCAUGAAACGCCAGACCAACAAAUCCCAGGUUCUUCUUCUCUGCUGAUCAAACUUCUGAUCCAGUCCAGAUGACCUGUGAGCAAUACCUGAUCAAUAACUGAAGAUCUGUCUGCACUGAGCUUCAGGAGAAGCUUUGAGUCUGAAUCAGAGGCUCUGUUCAUCAGCUGCUAAAGAUCAAUAAGUAAUCGUGACACUGAAGUCUGAUGUCAUCAGGCAGCAGCUGUGUGAAACAAAUAACAUUUUAUUUUUAAAGCGGGUCAGCACCACAGAUGAAUCAGGACGCAUUAUCGCUGCAGGUUAGAUUAAACUUUAUUGAUCUCCAUGGGUGCGGUGGGCGUGGCCUGCUGAUAAGAUGCGUUUCCCUCACAAUGAGUCAUUUAUUCUAAAAGGAAACAAAAAUAAACCGCACGUUUCCUUAGCGACCAGUUUUGAUAACAGUAUUGGGUGUUGCAUGACUCUUCUGCACAGAGUAAACUGAGUUGUUUAAGUCUCCUCCUCCAAAUGGCCUCAUCAACUGACUGAUGGAUAAUCAAUCAGUUGUGAGGAGUUUUAAGCCCACUCGGUGUUUCCACUGCCACCUGUCAGUUGGAAGCCCCGCCCCUUCCCUAUCCCCCACCUGUCCGUCAUUAGUGAUUAGUCAGGCUUAAAGCAGAGGAUCCUGGACGCCAACUCGCUGCUGCAGCGAAUCCCGGUGCUGCACCAAGCCCUGGAUCCUCGCUAAUCCGCCACAUGAUGCUUGGAGUCAGAGCAGCUUUAUUCGAGCCGUCUGCGGCGUCGACCUCACACUCCGCUCACCUGUGGACGACUUGGACAGCUGAUGGUCCACCGUGAAGCAGCAUGAACGGAUACGAACCUCCAGCUCUCGCCUCGGGCGUCUUCGGCUCCUACAGCUCGCCCAUCAACGGCCAUGAUGCUCCCUCUCCAGAGCCUGCGACGCACAAAGCCAAGACCAGUGCCAAAGCUCUUUACGAACAAAGGAAACAUUACACCAAAACCAGCAUCAACAGCCUGACAGACACGUCGCAGUAUCAUGUGGAGCACCUGACCACGUUUGUGCUGGACCGCAAAGACGGGAUGAUCACGGUGGAUGACGGCAUCAGACGCCUCCGUCUGCUCGAUGCUAAAGGGAAGGUGUGGACACAGGAGAUGCUGCUGCAGGUGGAGGAGAAGAUGGUGAGCCUCAUCGACUUAGGAACAAAGAACGAGCUGGAGAACUUCCAGAUUGGCUCAAUCCAGCACUGCCAGGCCGUGAUGAACGCCUGCAGCUACGACUCCAUCCUGGCUCUGAUCUGCAAAGAGCCGGGUCAGGCCAAACCCGACCUCCACCUGUUCCAGUGCGACGAAAUCAAAGCGAAUCUGAUCCAAGCUGACAUAGAAAGUGCCAUGAUGGAUGCCAAAGGAAGCAAAGUGAAAAAACGGCCGGAGACCCUGAAGAUGAUCCUGAAGAGCGAUGGCAUUAUCCCCCCUCCCCCUUCCGCUCCUGCCCCCCAGCCGCCACCGUCACCUGAUCUGGUGGACGUAAAGAGUCGUGCAGCAGCCUGGUCGGCAUGGACCAAUGAGCAGUAUGAGGCAGACGAUAGACGGCUGUCGCAGGACAAUGGGCCGGUGGAGAUGACGGCAGCUCGCGUAGAUCGCGAUGUGCAAAUCCUGAACCACAUCCUGGACGACAUUGAGUUUUUCGUCACCAAACUUCAGAAGGCCGCCGAGGCCUUCACUGAGCUUUCCAAGAGGAAGAAGAACAAGAAGGGCAAGAAGAAAAGCCCCGGAGAGGGCGUCCUGACGCUGCGCUCCAAACCUCCGAGCGAAGACGAGUUUGUCGACUGUCUGCAGAAGUUCAAGCAUGCCUUCAACCAGCUGGGGAAGCUGAAGGACCACAUCCAGAACCCGAGCGCCGUGGAGCUGGUCCACUUCCUGUUCACGCCACUAAAGAUGGUGAUCCAGGCUUCGGGCAGCGUUGAUCUGGCUCGUAGCGUUGUCGUUCCUCUGCUGACCAGAGACGCCAUUGACUUCCUUCACGCCUCGGGGACGGCGGAGGAGAGACACUUGUGGGUUGCCCUGGGAGACGGAUGGACAAAGAGCAGGCUGGAGUGGCCGAAGGACCACUACUUCCCGCCGUGUGUUCUGAGGUUUCGUGAUGGUUGGGAGCCACCUGCGUUGCCGGCCCCAAGUCGUGAGCAGGAGCUCGCUCAGCUUGCCGAAAGCCUCGCCAACGCCAACCUGCAGAGACCGGAGGACCCAAGGCCGUGGGUGGCUCAGGAGGUGGCGCUGCAGAGGUUCCCCCCUGCUGACGGGUAUGCCUUCACCAACACCUCCUACAAACGCAUGCAGAUCCUGGAUCAGGACACGGCCGUGGCUGCUUUCAAACACGCCGCCAGCCGCCGUGUAGACCGAGGCUUCGACGCUGAUGGCAGAGGGCAGCCCAAAAUGUUUGCCAAAUCGAAGUACGACUUUGUGGGGAGGAACAACACAGAGCUGUCGGUACUUAAAGACGAGGUGGUCGAGGUGCUGGACGACAGGAAGCAGUGGUGGAAGGUUCGUAACGGCUGCGGGGCGACGGGCUACGUGCCAAACAACAUCCUGGAGAUCACCAAAGCGGUGGACAUGACCAGCCGAGGAGAGCCCAUCUACAGCCACACCGUCCAGCUUAUGAUGCCAAGGAGGGAGUUUGAGUUGUUCAAGCAAUUACUGGGAGAGCUUAACGAGAAACAGACCACAAGGACAGAGUUUGUCCCCAGCAAACCCGUUGCCACGCCAAUGCCCCCAGCCCCCGCACCGGUUCCUCCUGCUCCUGCCCCCGCCAGGGUCCCCACGCCGCCACUGCCUCCUCCGGCUGCCGAGCCCACAAAGCCAGCCGCCGGCAGCAGCGCAGUCAGCCGACAGAACAGCAACGCGUCCAGCGACAUGGGUAGUGUCGCCAUGAGGGAGCAAAACAGCCAGAAACCUGCUGUUGCCGCUGGCAGCCGCAGGAAGUCGAACAUGGAGGAGGUCCAGGACGAGCUGAUGCACAGGCUGACGCUCGGUCGCAGCGCCCAGAAGAAGUUUCAGGGUCCCGCCCGCAGUGGCAGCACGCCGUCGGUCAGCAUCACGUACGACUCGACACCAGAAGAGGUCAAAGCGUGGUUGGAGGCCAAAGGCUUCAGCCCCGUCACCAUCACCAGCCUCGGUGUGCUCACUGGCGCUCAGCUCUUCUCGCUCAACAAGGAGGAGCUGAGGACAGUUUGUCCUGACGACGGCGCCCGAGUCUUCAGUCAGGUCACCGUGCAGAAGGCGGCGCUCGAGAAGAGUGCAGGCUCCGAGCUGCAGGAGAUCAUGAGGAGGCGGCAGGAGAAACUGGCAGCCAGCACCUGUGAUUCAGGGGUGGAGUCUUUCGAUGAAGGCGGCGCCCACUGAGCUCCACCCAGCUCCUCCCCUUCCUUCCUCCCUCCCUCUGCUGUACCUUAUCCUUUUUUCAAACCGCAGCCUGCUGCUCUCUCAAUCCUCAGGCGGCGGCCGACCGCGCAGAGUUCGUGGAGAUCAUGCGGCGUAGACAGGAACUCCUCAGCUCAUCUCCAUAGAAACAGAAACCGACCGCCCACCGGACUGCCCACACACUCAAUAUUCUGCCAUGUUUGCCUGGAGUUCACAUGAACACUUUGGGGACUCUGUUUAGUUGGUGAAAAGCUGUUCAAUCACCGUUUCCAAAGCAAAGCCUCGCAGUAUUAACGUCAGUGCCGCGCCCGGUCCUCUCCGCUUCAUCACUGCGGUCAGGUCACACAUAGGAGCGUUUCAUGAUGUAAUGAUAUAAACACACUGCACUCUAAGAAGACUCGUGGAGCCGAGACAUUCAGGAUUUAUUGUCUUUUGAGUUAAGAUUGUGGAAAAGGCUAAAAGCAAACAGGAAGUGCUGAUCCUGUGUUUUUAUUUCCAAAGAGGGAUUGAUCCUGCACACGUGGAUUAUUCCCUCUGUGCCUGGGCACAGUGAGAUCACGGAGAGGCUAAAACUGAGCCUGGUACUUUAGACAUGCCUGACUGCUUGUUACAAAAAUGAAAUUCACUAAAUGAAUAUUAUUCUAUCAUCUACGCUAACAGACUGAUGUUUUUGAGAGAAUUAUUUGAUGGGAUUUCAUUUUCUCAGAUUAUUUUAAAACUAGAAGCAAAAUGAAAUGCACAUAACUUUAUAAAAAUAACUUAUGAAGAACAUCUGUCACAGAGUGAGUGAUCAGAUUUCUUACAAGGAAAUGAUAUUUGGUAAUCAGCAUUUUUGCACAUGAAUAAAAAUGCUGUUGUUUUUCAGGCAAAGAUAACAACCAAUGAAACAAGCCGAAGCAGCUGAGGUGUUUGUAAUGGCUCAGAUCUGAAAGUCUUUCUUUGACUUUGUUCUGAGGGUAAAAACACAAAAUGAAUGUAGUUGAACUCAUCAUGCCCCGUCCAAAGCAACAGGUAGCCUCAUGUUUCUGUCUCAUUGGUCAUCUUACCUGUUCGAGCUGCAGGUGAUGUGAUGCCAGCGAUUGCUGACUAUAUUCAGGUCGAGUAAUUGCCAUUACUAUCAGCCUCCUCGUGAAAAAAAUGGGGGGGGGGGGGAAAUCUACAAAUUGAACUCUGUAUAUUCCAUCGAAAACCUGAUGGAAAAGAAAAAUUUUACCCUAGAAAAAUCUGCAUUUUCGUUCUUCAGCUCCACAGAGUUGCAUUCUGUCUGGAUGAGCUCGAGUGCACCCCCUGUGGGACAGGAAGUUCACAGGUUUAAGUUCACAUUUUAAAGGUUACGCGCACACAUUCACAUGGACUUGAUUUUGAACUGGAUCACAAUAACGACUCACACAAAGGAGUCCAGACCUUUCACAUUAAAGGUUGAAAAGGGUGUAAUCUGUUUUCUUAAAAGGCUUUUAAUGUGAAAAAUCUGUCCUUUUUGAUCACUCUGAAAACCACCCAACCCAAUCAGUGAGGCGACCAUUGGGACUGAAGCGAUGAUGUGUUCUAACAGUCACGGGUGUGAUGGUUCCCGCUGUGACUGGAUUGGUUCGUGCUGGUCACGAGCACGCUCAGACAUUAUUUGAACACUGGCUAUUGUUUGAGAAUUUACCGCCAAAAAUCAGCAACAGAAGAUGUUCAGAUCAGUGAGCAAAAAAUCAAGUAAAAACAUGCAGACUGUUUCUGUUUGUACAAGCAGCCUGAAAACACUGUAAAUGAAAGAUGUAAACGCUCAUAGAAAAGGAAAUGUACAGAAAUGAGCCUGUACUCACUGUGGCAUUGAUUGUAUUGAUUUUGUUUCCACUUAUGCACUUAAUCUUCUGAAGGAAAGUUUUCUGUCUUUGUCUGAACUGUAGCACAGCACUGUAAUACAAAUAAUGAUUAAAGCAGAGUAGUUUACAGUUUAUGGAGAAUUGCUUGUUGCUAAUGAGAGAACAGUAAAAGUGUAUGUAGUGUAGUUUUACCCAAACAGAUGUAUAGAGGCCAAUCAGGAGGAAAGGUUAGAGUUCAUUUGUACGUGUAUAGUUUUCUUCGUGCCUUUUCCAUGUAAAUCUGCUCAUUCUGCAAUAAAACAUUUACUAAAAGCA